AGCUGCAAAAAAGAAAAAAAAAAAAAGGAGAGAGAGAGAGAGAGAAGAGAACAGAAAAUAAAUAAUUAAAGUCAGAAAGAGAUGGGUUAUUGAUGGUGUCUUUCUUUCUUUUCAAGGUUACUUUAUAAGAAGGAAACUUGAAAGAGUAAAGAGCAAAACUAAGAAAAGUGGCCAGCAACUCAAAAGCAGCAAGGUGAUGUGGGUGUCACCUGAACUGUUUCUUUGAAUUGAGUGUGAGAGAUUCCUGGAUCAGCCUAUGCCUAGCUAAAUUUUAAUUUCACAUAUUGGGAUUUUCAAGCCCUUUAUAUAUAUGAAAAAUAAAUCUUGUAUCAUUAUGGAGUCUGCUAAUCUCCAUCACCAGCAUCAUCAGCUUCAACUCCAGCUUGUUGGGUCUUCUUCUUUAACUACCCCAUCAUCUAACUAUGGAGCUGGAAGCACUUUGAGUAGUAGUAACUUGAAUCCUAACUGUAAUGGAGUAGACUUAAAUCCAAGGCAGAAGAAUGAAUUUUUAAUCCCAAGUCUCAACAGUUCCACGAUCCAGAAUCUGGGCUUGAUCCAUUGGAAUAGUAACUCUGCAGGGUGCUUCACCAACCAGUCUGCUGAUCAUGACCUACAGCUCGCAAAAAUCAAACAAGACUUGCCAGAUUCGUUCCCCAGAUUUACAGAUAUGCUAAACGAUCCAUCCACUGUUGAAGAUUCCCAUCUAUCUUCCCCAAGCUAUGAGCAAAAACAUAUGACUGAUCUAAGCGAGAAGCUCUUGCUCAAGACUAUUUCUUCCGGUUUUCCCAUCAAUGUACAUCAGUUUUCGUCUGCACAGAUCUACUCUAACGCUCAUGACUGUUCUAGCCCUGGAAGUUCCAUACCCAGAAGAGGAAACUUUAGCCAGAUAUAUCCGAGUAUAAACAUUUCAAACUUGAACCGGUCACCGCCAUCGAUCUCAGGCGCCAUUGACAUGAACUUGCAGGCUUUGGAUCACUUAAACUCUACAAGGUUUAGUAGGAGUAUUGGGCAGCCGUCUCAUGAUAAUCUUGGCAUGUAUAACGACAGCAUUUCUUACGAUCUUGAGCAUAUGCAUAUCCCAUCAUCUAGCCCUAUUCAAACAUCUUCCUUCACUACCAAUGAAAUAUUGGAGGCAAAGAGGCCCAGCGACAGCUUGAUGGAGCCAAAGGCAACACAAGCAGCUGCAACUAAGAAAUCGCGAUUGGAGACACGCGCUUCUUGCCCUCCCUUUAAGGUCUGUUUUGCUACUGUGACAGCCAUUUCAUAUGUGGAGCACAAAAUAAUUUGUUCAUUUAGAACUUUGAUCGAACAGGUUAGAAAAGAGAAAUUAGGAGAUAGAAUUGCAGCUCUGCAGCAGCUUGUUGCACCCUUUGGCAAGACAGACACAGCAUCCGUACUAAUGGAGGCUAUUGGAUACAUAAAAUUCCUUCAAAACCAGGUUGAGACACUAAGCGUUCCUUAUAUGAAGUCAUCGCGGAACAAGGCGAGCACUAGAAUUACGCAAGAAUUUCAGGGUUCAACUGAAGAAGGAAAGGAUGAGCUAAAGACAGAUUUAAGAAGCCGAGGGCUCUGUCUGGUGCCAUUAUCUUGCAUGUCUUACGUAACCGCAGAUGGUGGAGGAGGAGGAGGAGGCGGCAUCUGGCCGCCACCUAAUUUUGGCGGAGGAACAUAGGACAGUAUUUUAAGCAAACAGAUUUUAACUGUGGGGCAUGUUCCUGCUUUGUUGAAUAGGAAAUUAAGGUUAAUUAAACUUAGUUUUAAUGGAGCAAGUCUGGUCAUCCUGUAAAAUUAAAAUAUUCCAGUAGGAUGGACCAAAUUUGAUCCAUUAAUGAUUCAGAUAUAACAUUCUAUGUAAUUUAAUUAAUUAAGGAACCCUUUUUUACA